UUCCCGCAGCGGGGCGGAACCAAGUUGCUCAGAGCGCGGUGUCUGCGGGGAGCUGGUUUUGAAAGGACCGCGCCUCCCGGAAGUACUGGGGGCGGGACCUGAUGCAGGAGGCGGCGGCGCGGAGCCUGCGGCGGGGCUUGGAGAGGCUGCGACCCCUCGCGAAGAAUAAGACGCUGCGAUAUGGGGUCCCCAUGAUGCUCCUGAUUAUUGGUGGGUCCUUUGGUCUCCGUGAGUUCACUCAAAUCCGUUAUGAUGCUCAAAAACUCCACAGCAAGAUGGAUCCAGCUUUGGAAGAAAGAAUCAGAAAGAAUAAGAUAUCAUUGGAAUCUGAAUAUGAGAAACUGAAAAACUCUAACUUUGAUGACUGGAAGAACAUCAGAGGGCCCCGUCCAUGGGAGGAUUCCAAGUCUCUUCAAGAGCAGCAGCAGCAAGUUCUUCAUUCCAAGCCAUCUUGACUAUGUGCGCUCACUCCGGUGUCUUUGUAGAAUCACUGCUAUGCCAGUGACUGGGCUUUCUUGCCUUCUAAUCUUGUGUCCAGGGAGAGACAUGGGUGGGGGAAAAACCAAGCUGACAGGUGGUUUACUUGAGAUCAGUCUGAGAUGAAAUGUUAAAUAAAGAUCUUUGUUCAACUGCAGCCAUUUGCAUGGAAGCCCAUAGACUGUGUAUAUUAAUUCUUAAUAAAGAUCAGUCCAUUCUUUCA